CCGCAUCGACCCGCUCGCGUGCGAUUGCCGCUGUCUUUUUGCGACCCACGUGAGUCAGUGAUGGCGGAGGCCGGAGAGCAGCGGUGCCGGGACCCAGGCCCCGAACUUGCCCGGCAGCUGGCCCUGCCCCUGCCCCUGCCCCGGGGCACCAAGGCCGGCAGCCGGGCCACGACUGCAGGUCCCCGUCGACGGGUAGCAAAUCAGAUACCUGAAGAAAUCCUGAAUGACAAAGAGCUGCAGGAAGCGAUCCGGGUGCUGCCCAGUAAUUAUAACUUUGAGAUUCACAAGACGGUCUGGAGAAUAAAGCAAGCAGAAGCUAAGCGAGUUGCUCUGCAAAUGCCUGAAGGACUCCAGAUGUUUGCCUGUGCAAUUGCUGAUAUCAUAGAAAGGUUCACGGGAGCAGACACGCUGAUAAUGGGUGACGUCACGUACGGAGCAUGCUGCGUGGAUGACUUCACAGCCAGGGCCCUUGAAGCUGACUUCAUGGUUCAUUAUGGCCACAGCUGCCUCGUUCCAAUUGAUGCCACGGCCGGAAUAAAGAUGCUGUAUGUGUUCGUGGAUAUCAAGAUCGACAGCACACACUUUGUCGAGACGGUUCGCUUCAAUUUCCCCCGGGGCUCGGCCCUGGCGCUAGUCAGCACCAUCCAGUUUGUGGCAGCACUGCAGUCCACCAGCCAGGAGUUGCGAUCGGAUUAUGACAUCUGCGUCCCUCAGUGCAAGCCGCUGUCACCGGGUGAAAUUCUGGGAUGCACCUCUCCGCACAUCGAAAAGCCUGUGGAUGCCAUCGUUUACCUAGGCGACGGGCGCUUUCACCUGGAAUCCAUCAUGAUAGCGAACCCUGGUACCCCGGCCUACAGGUACGAUCCCUACAGCAAAGUCCUCUCCCGUGAGUACUACGAUCACAUGACGAUGCAGGAGAUCAGAAAGGAUGCCAUAGCGACGGCAGCAAAGGCAAAGAUGUGGGGCCUGAUUCUUGGAACACUCGGACGACAAGGCUCUCCUAAGAUCAUGGAGCACUUGGAGACGCAGCUUCAGGGUCUCAACCUGCCAUACGUCAACGUCCUCUUAUCCGAGAUCUUCCCAGACAAACUCCGGCUUUUCCAGGAAGUGGAAGCGUGGGUCCAGGUUGCCUGUCCGAGACUCUCCAUCGAUUGGGGAAAGGCUUUUUCCAAACCCCUGCUCACACCAUACGAGGCAGCUGUAGCUCUCAAGAAGGUUGAGUGGCAGCAACGGUACCCGAUGGACUUUUAUGCCAACCAGUCGCUCGGACCAUGGGCUGUCAACCAUGAAAGCCACCAGCCCACAAGGAGGACAAGGAAACCGCCAGUGGCCAAGCCAGCAAAGCCCAAUGCAGCAGCCGUCAGGAGGACGAGUACAGACUCUGGGUGCCAACGAGAGGAGACUUCCCAGAGCCAGUGACAGCACAGGUACGAUCCCAGGCACUGAGAGAUCACCAUCCAACUGAGACGACAGAAACAAUGGAUUGAAGGAUCUCGGGAAUCUCAUGUCCACCAUUGACCUGUUCAACUUGUCCUUCAGCCUCGCUGAGCGGCAAAUGCACAAAAUGGGAUUGUUCCGGUGUUUUGAUUCAAAUUAUGAAUUCACAUCAUUACGGAAGAGGUGCAAGUCCAGUCAAAGCCUCGGCAGUGGUGGGAUAGCGAUUCGGGACACUCUUUUAACUGAUGAACAGAAAUAAACAGAUUAAUUCUUUUGAA